AUGGAUACACAGUCUAGAAUUCCGAAAAGUGGAUCCGAAUCAACGAUCGCUGAAACUUUGUCCUCCUAUGUUCUUGGAUCUGCUUCUAUCAAUAUAUCUCCAGCUAUCACUGGAUUGUCUAUUUCUAGUUAUUUUUCUCAUUCCAGAACAGAGCAGGGCUGCUGUUCGCCCCCUCCUCCUGCUUUAUCACCCGCUUCUUUGUCUCCCAAUCAUCAUUCAAAUUCAAACAGCAACCUACCGCCUUCGCCUUCUGCUUCUCCACCGAUCAUAGUUGCCGAAACGGCUAUUCGUCUAUGCAAUACACAGGGUUCUGGCAAUAGCUCACAUUCUGACACAAACCGCUAUCCCCCAAAACUUAUUAGCAUGGCUAAUACCUUAGCUACCGUCAGUGCCUCUCGUUGUGCCUCGAUCUCAGGUGUUCGUGUAGACAUACCAAAGCAUUAUACCUCUUCAUGCUCUUCGACAUCUACUUCUAGUUCAAGUUCCUCUACAUCCGAUUCUUUGCUUGAUCCUCGGACUAGUAAAGUUAUGUGCAACGGAUUGUCUAAUAACCUCCCUAUACUUGAAAAAAUGGCUCUUGAUCUUAAUUCUGGAGGGGUGAUUCGUUCUAUAACUGUGCCUGAACAGGCUGUUGAUCUGGCCCUAAAGGCUAAUCCAAACGAACUUCAACAGCAAGUCACUCAAAAUUCUCAUGACGAAAAAGUAAUGGAUGAAACAGCUGAGAAUAUUGCGUAUGCUUCUAAUUCACUUACGAAGGGUGGAAAACGUAAAGCUAUCAACGUAGGUAAACGCAAGAAUGCGAAACGCUCCAAAGCUGCAAAAUAUCGAAAAGAGGACUCUGAUUCUGAUUUUGAAUUUUUACCUGGAAAGACUAUCUCUAGGCUAAAAAAAGUCGGGGGUAUUUCCGGAAGAAUUUCAACUGGAGAAUCACUGAUGCAGCGCAUCAAAGCUAAAACUAAGACAAGGCAUUCCCACUGCUAUGUUGAAUAG